AUGACGUCAAAAAUGUAUGCAAUCCAAGCACCUGCUUUCGAUGCAGCUGUCACAUAUCAACCACCUACAACAAACUCUACAUCCGAUCACCCAUCUAUACACACGGUGAACCUCGAGGCAGCAUGUGAAGCCAAGAAAAAAAUCGUUCAUAAUUUACCUACAAAGUGUGAACAUUGCGAUACUCCAUUCAAUGCACCUAAUUGUAUCGUGGAACUAGUAAAAACUGGUGAUGUAAUGGCUUAUUGUCGUGGUCAAGGUGGUUGUGGUAGAUCACAAGUUCUCUUUGUUGGAGUAAAAACUUCCAUUCCACGUUAUCGGAAAGUAUGUGUUUUCAAACACAAUAUAUCAUGUUAUGAACCAAACGAAGCUAUUGGCCUUCCAUCAAAUAUUUAUGCUUUACAUGGCAUUACACCUCAUGAAACUAUUUGUGACACGUGUGGCCAGCGAUAUGACACUCAUCCGACAGGCUAUGAUCAUAACGGAUGGCUUGAGGAUGGAUUUGAUCAGUUAGAACUUCCUGCUGACUGGCCAAUGUUUCGAGAUGGCAAGUUUAUUCUCUAA